GAUCAUAUUUUAAAGUGUUCCAAUUCAUCUUACAAAACUUGAGGGUUCAUGAUUUAGAACAUGCAUGGAAAACGCUGAAUAUUUCAUGUAGUUACUGCAAGCCCAUCUGUAGAACUACCACGUCCAACCCCCCAAGAGAGAUGUCGGGGAUGAUGAGAGCAGUGAUAUUUGAAGCUGGAGGACCGGAGAACCUUGCGAUUGGUUCAGUACCAAUUCCACAACUGAGGGAGAAAGAGGUCUUGCUGAAAGUGUAUGCCACUGCAAUUAACAGGGCUGACACUCUACAGAGAAAGGGUGUGUACCCCCCACCCCAAGGCGAGUCAGACAUUUUAGGACUAGAGGCGGUAGGGGUCGUAGACAAGUUGGGAGCAGGAUGUGGCAGUUCUUGGAAAGUCGGUGACCGAGUCAUGGCACUAUUACCUGGUGGAGGAAAUGCUGAAUAUGUAGCCAGUAGGGAGGAGUUGUUGAUGCCAAUUCCCAAGAACAUGAAGUUUACCCAGGCAGCAGCGGUACCUGAAGUCUGGCUCACUGCAUUCCAGCUCCUCUUCACUGUCGGUAAAGUGAAGAAGACUGACACAGUGCUGAUACAUGCUGGAGGUAGUGGGGUUGGCACCGCAGCAGUACAGCUUUGUCGUCAGUUUGGUGCUCGGGCCCUGGUGGUGGCUGGGUCAACAGAGAAGAUCAACUUUGCAAAAUCGUUGGGGGCAGAAGAGGGAUUUAAUUAUAAAGAGGCAGCAUUUGAGCCCAAGGUCUUAAAACACACUGAAGGGAAAGGGGUGAACUUAAUACUGGAUUGCGUAGGAGGUUCUUUCUUUGAUCAGAACAUCAACUCAAUAGCUGCUGAAGGGACCUGGGUUAUUUAUGGCCUGAUGGGAGGCAGCACAAUCAAUACCGGUGAUCAUUUAGCCAAAAUUUUACGGAAGAGAAUAACAAUAGUGGGCUCCACAUUGAGGGCAAGGUCUGUGCAGUACAAGGAAUCACUCGUAGCAGAUUUUACACAGAGAGCCCUGCCCCACUUUAGCAGCGGUGAAUUCCGUCCAAUCAUAGACACUGUAAUGACACUGGAUAGCAUUAAGGAGGCCCAUGCGUUAAUGGAAUCCAAUAAAACUACAGGAAAAAUAGUCCUGCAAGUCCAAGAGGAAUCACCUAAGGAGGAGUUAUAGCUGCACUAUUAUUUGAACUUAUCAUAUAAAAGGAUAUUUUGUAUUAGUAUUGCACAACAAUGGACUCGGGUUACAUGUAUAUUUAUUCUCCGUGUAGAAUUUCUUGUCAUUUAUUGGAAGUACAGAUACAAUAUAUUUUAUAAAAAUCA